AUGGUUCAGCCACGUAUGCUUUCAAGAGACGAAGAGGGCGCCGCUGGUGGCGAGGAGAACGAGGUCCGCCGUGAGGAUCAGGAGAAGAUUAAUCGGUUUAGCCGGUUGCAUCAGCGAGAAACUGUUUUGGAGGAUCAGUUGAAGGCCAAGCAGAAGGAUAAGGAGGACCUGGAAGAAGUUUCCAUGGAAUUGGAGUUGGCUGAUGAAGAUGAUCUUGUCCCAUACAAAAUCGGCGACUCAUUCUUCCAGCUUCCCCUGGCAGAGGCGCAGGCUAUGUUGACCACAUCCACGGAGCAGAUUGAUACAGACGUGUCCAAGCUAGAAGAUUCCAUUAGUGAGCUUCGUGAGGAACUGCAGCAGCUGAAGGUCUCGCUGUAUGCCCGAUUUGGUCGGAGUAUCAACCUGGAGACCUGA